AUGAGCAUCAAGUUCACAGUCAACGGAUUCCCGUACGAGGUGGAGGCCACGGACUUUGCCCCGGAUAUCACCCUCAAUGCCUUCCUACGGGAGCAUCUCCACCUGACGGCCACAAAAUACAUGUGCCUGGAGGGUGGAUGCGGCUCCUGUGUCUGCGUCAUCCGCCGGCGGCACCCUGUCACCCAGGAGGUACAAUCCCGGGCAGCAAACUCCUGCCUCACUCUCCUAAACACCUGUGACGAUGCGGAAAUUAUAACUGAUGAGGGACUUGGCAACCAGCUAAGUGGUUACCAUCCGAUCCAGAAACGCCUGGCCCAGCUGAAUGGCACCCAGUGUGGUUACUGCUCGCCGGGAUUCGUCAUGAACAUGUACGGACUGCUGGAGCAGCACCAGGGACAGGUGAGCAUGGCACAGGUGGAGGACGCCUUCGGAGGAAACAUCUGCCGAUGCACAGGCUAUCGCCCCAUCCUGGACGCCAUGAAGUCCUUUGCUGUUGACAGCACAGUGGACGUUCCUUCCGAGUGCAUAGACAUCGAGGACUCCUUCGAGCUUCUCUGCUUGAAAACUGGACAAGCUUGCAAGGGUAGCUGCUCCAGGCCCCCGGUGAGGGAUCAAAGUGGUAACCACUGGUACUGGCCCAAGUCCCUUGUGGAGCUCUUUGCCGCCUUGAGCCAGGUUGGAAGCGGAGAACUGUACAUCCUGGUGGCGGGCAACACGGCUCAUGGAGUCUACCGGAGACCGAGGACCAUCAGACACUUUAUCGACGUGAACAAGGUGCCGGAGCUGAAGCAGUACCGCAUCGAAGCUGAUUACACGCUAUUGGGAGCGAAUCUUACACUCGAUGAUGCUAUGCAGGUGUUCCUGGAGACUGCCAAGAGGCCCGGAUUCGAAUACUGUGUCCAGUUGUGGCAGCACUUCAACCUGAUUGCCAAUGUGCCAGUCCGAAAUACUCCCACGGCCAAUGUCAGCGAGAAGUUUAAGAGUGGAGGCCAGAUCCUCCAGCGUCCGCUGUCCUCUGGACUACAGCAGUUCCAGACUCAGAAAAAGAGUUACCCCGUCACCCAGGCUGUCGAGAAGGUGGAGGGAAUGAUCCAGUGCUCCGGGGAAGCCACCUACAUGAAUGAUGUGUUGACUACUUCGAACGCUGUCCACUGUGCUUUUGUUGGUGCCACCAAGGUGGGAGCCACCAUCGACCAGAUCGACGCAUCGGAGGCUCUAAAGCAGCCAGGAGUAAUAGUUUUCUAUUCUGCAAAGGACAUUCCUGGAACGAAUACCUUUGUGGAGCCCAGUUUCGGGUUUGUGGCUGAGGAGAUCUUUUGCUCGGGACUAGUUCGUCAUUCGGAGCAGCCCGCUGGAGUUGUUGUGGCUCUCACGGCCGAUCAAGCCCAUCGAGCAGCCAAGCUGGUGAAAAUAAGCUACAGUAAUCCCAGCCCCGACUUCAAGUUGUUGCCGAGCUUGACGGAUGUGUUUGCAUCUUCCACUCCUGAUCCCUCCCAAAUUGUGGCUCCUGAUAAGGAGGUUCGAGGCAUUUUUCAGAUGGGAUUGCAGUAUCACUUCACCAUGGAACCCCACACAACAGUGGCUAUUCCCUUCGAGGAUGGCCUAAAAGUCUUCUCGGCUACCCAAUGGAUGGACCUCACCCAGUCAGUCAUUGCUCACAUGAUCCAGGUGAAGGCCAAGGAUGUCCAGCUACAGGUUCGUAGAUUGGGCGGAGGAUACGGCUCUAAGAUUACCCGUGGCAACCAGGUGGCCUGUGCCGCAGCCUUGGCGGCUUACAAGCUCAAUCGUCCUGCCCGCUUUGUGCAAACAAUAGAGUCCAUGAUGGACUGCAAUGGAAAGCGGUGGGCCUGCCGUUCGGAUUAUCAGUGUCAUGUUAAAUCGAAUGGCAAGAUUGUCGGAAUGUCCAACGAUUUUUACGAAGACGCAGGCUGGAAUCUUAACGAGAGCCCCAUUGAUGGCCACUCGACCUUCACCGCCGCUAACUGCUACGAAUUUACGGGUGAGAACUUCAAGAUCAAUGGCAAUGCGGUGCUCACAGAUGCCCCCAGUUCCACCUGGUGUCGGGCUCCGGGGUCGGUAGAGGGAAUCGCCAUGAUGGAGAACAUCGUCGAGCACGUAGCAUUUGAGGUGCAGAAAGACCCAGCCGAAGUGCGACUUCUAAACAUAGCUGCCGGGAAUAAAAUGACCGAUCUGCUGCCCCAAUUCCUUCAGUCCAGGGAGUAUUACAAGAGAAAGCAGCAGAUAGAGACGCACAAUUCCAAAAAUCGCUGGACAAAGCGAGGCCUCGGAUUGGCGGUAAUGGACUAUCCCAUCUUCUACUUUGGGCAGUACCCGGCUACAGUCGCCAUUUAUCAUGUGGACGGAACCGUUGUGGUCACCCAUGGAGGCAUCGAAAUGGGACAAGGCAUGAAUACUAAGGUAGCUCAAGUGGCUGCCUUCACUUUGGGCAUCGAUCUGAGCUUUGUCAAAGUGGAGUCCUCGGACACCAUCAAUGGGGCCAAUUGUAUGGUCACUGGAGGGGCUGUGGGCAGCGAGAGUCUUUGCUUUGCGGUUCGAAAAGCCUGUGAUACACUCAAUGAUCGUUUAAAGGCGGUGAAGAAAGACGGUGCCAGUUGGGUGGAGACCGUAGAAGCAGCAUACGCAAAAUCCAUCAAUCUUAUUGCUUCGGAUCACUACAAGGAAGGCGACAUGCAGAACUACCAUGUUUACGGGCUGGCCCUUACGGAAAUAGAACUGGAUGUUCUCACAGGAAAUAAUCAGAUCACACGGGUUGACAUUUUGGAGGAUGCUGGUGAAAGUCUGAGUCCGUACAUUGAUGUGGGCCAGGUCGAGGGAGCCUUCGUCAUGUGCUUGGGCUACUGGCUAAGUGAGCAGCUGGUCUAUGAUCGCGAAACGGGUCGUCUGCUCACCAACCGCACCUGGAAUUACAAGCCGCCGGGCGCCAAGGACAUACCCAUCGACUUCCGCAUUGAGCUUAUCCAGAAGCCCAAUCCAAAUGGGGCAGGGUUCAUGCGAUCGAAGGCGACUGGAGAACCUCCUUGCUGCCUGGCCGUGAGUGUGGUCUUUGCUCUACAGCAGGCCCUGCAGUCCGCACGCCAGGAUGCGGGACUUCCGAGGGAGUGGGUGCGUCUGGGAGCUCCUACCACUCCCGAAACUUUGGUGCUAAAUGCGGGCCAUGAGGUGGCAACUUUUAGGCUUAAAUAAAGAUUAUUUUCUG